CAUUGACACACAAUAAUGUAAACAGUAGCGAUCUGAGAGUACACUGGUCAUAACGUGCUCUUAUCAUUUCCAACUUAUAAUUCAUUAAUUCUCAUAAUAAUUAUGAAAGAAUUGGCACUCUUGCUUGUUUUGAUCUUCUGUUUGCGAAGCGGUAACUCGAUUCGCUGUUACGAAUGCAACAGCAACAACAACAGCAUGUGCCUAGACCCUACGCUCUACGACCGGGAGACCGUCGACAAGUUCCUCAUCUCCACAGACUGCCAGAAGGGCGUCUACAGCCCGCACCAGAAGGAGUUCUUCUGUAGGAAGAUCAUUCAGACCAUUCUACACAAGAACCACGACUCGGAGGUGCGAGUGACGCGCGGCUGCGGCUGGGUGCGCCACCACAAGGACUGCUACAAGGCGGACACGGAAGACCACCUCGAGACCGUCUGCCAGUGCUUCAACGAUGAGUGUAACGCAGCAGUCCAAGUCGGAGGUGUGGCAACACUGGCCAUGGUCACGGCGAUUAGCGUUCUCGUUUUAAGAUUCGAAUAAAGAAUACAAUUUCUAA